AUCAGUCAACUACUCUCUGGAGCAAUGAACGGCGGACAGUUCCUGUCGCUUGUGGUGCUGAUCCAUGCCCUGCUGGCGCUGACACACUCUCUUGAGAUCCUUAGUCACGACUCAUGUAAGACAAGUGGGUGUAGACAUGGAAAUGGUCGUCUCAGAUGUCAGUCAUGUAACACCGGGUGUCACGGAUCAAACUGCAGCUCUACAUGCCAAGGACGUUGUGACGGAUAUGGAUGUGACAGGUCCACUGGAGAAUGUUUCAGAUGUAGGCCAGGGUUCUAUGGACGACACUGCGACACACCCUGUCCACCACGAUGUUCCAGCAGUCCGGUAGGUGGCGCUGUCUACUGUGACCGACAUACAGGUGCUUGUUCUGAAUCUUGUGGUGGAGGAUGGACCGGGGCACAUUGUGAUGGACGAUGUCCACCCAACUGCAAGGCAUCAGUCUGUCACAUACACACAGGAGAAUGUCUUGAUGGGUGUGAUGGAAGAUGGGCAGGGAACUUCUGUAACAUGACAUGUGACAACUGUCUGAUGGGAAGGUGCAGCAUCACGGGCUACUGUCUACAUGGAUGUGAAGCAGGCUUCUAUGGACAGAAGUGCGAAGACAGAUGUCCACAUUGCUGGACCACUGGUUGUGACAGACAGACUGGGGUAUGUGAAAAGUGUCAACCUGGUUACCAUGGACACCAAUGCAGUAACACGUGCCCCGAGAAGUGCUACAAAGGAAGAGAUGGACACAAGCACUGUAAUAGAAGUACUGCAGUUUGUCAGGAAGGAUGUGAGACUGGGUGGCACGGGCCACACUGUUACACCCCGUGUAGUGCCUCCUGCAAGUCUUCCUUCUGUUACAGCCGUGAUGGAUCGUGCUUGAAGGGCUGUGUUCCAGGGUACUAUGGGAAACACUGCCACAAGAAAUGUCUCCAUUGUAGAGACAAUGUGUGUGUCCGCCAUGGACGGUGUUCAGCCUGUACUGAUGGAUGGUUCGGAGAGAGAUGUGACGAGGCUUGUGGGAGGUGUCUGGAUGGUGUAUGUGAGGUGAACGGUAGCUGUAGUCGUGGCUGUAAGGACGGGGCGUACGGGAGUCAUUGUCAGCAUACAUGCAGUGGGGACUGUGUAGCGUGUGAUCAGAUGACAGGGGGGAUGUAAUGACGUAAGAGUUGCUGAUGCAGUGAUCAAACUUGAUAUGCAUGCUGGUACAUGCUCCUUAAUGUAUUCAAAGUAUCAAGCCAUACUGUCAGUUACGUUUGUACUUAUCUACGCACUCUAAGAUACGAAUAAUGAUUAUAUACACACAUAUUCAUUCAUUCAUUCAUGUAUUAGGAAGGUACGUUAUAAUAUAUUUCAUAAAAAGAUACACGUUGUUUGGACAAUAUGACAUGUAGCAGUUGCAUCAGCUGUCACUUAGCCAAGGCAUGUGUAUAUUAGUCUUUGUCCUUUCUAAUUAUGACUACAAGUCUAAAACGGUACAGCGCAGUAGUAAUCGUUUAACACCAUCUACUUUUCCCCAGUAUUUUGUCCGAGACAUAGUUUAACAAGAGUCCAGAAUCUACUGAAAAACGCAUCAGCAUCUGGACCAUCGUGAAGCAGAUGACAUAAACCCCAAAGCUCUAGACUCGGUGACCAAAGGUAGAAAAAGCAACUUUAACAAUCAACUAUCUCAGAAAUGUUUCUGUCUGGCGGUUUACAAAUUUGAUGCCCAUCAAUUUCGUCUCCGCUAUGUCCCCAUGUUUCUUAAUGGCAUGACUUGGCAUACACAUUGGUUUGACGGUUUUGGCUUUGCAUUUUACCAUUUUCACCGUACUAUCUACCUAAAGCCUUUCCGAUCAAAGUGUCAAAUUAAACGCUAGUUCCAUGCACCAUACUGCCAGGACAAGGUUAUCAGGAAAGAUUUCAGAUAUGCGCUCGAUGACUAAUCCGCUGAGACUUAUUUCGUCUUUAUGAAACGUCUGCUUUUGUGGUAUUGUUUCUUAGCUUGUAACUAACAGCCAGGUUGAAAAUUCAUACAGAAGUCAGUUGUUCCUCUUGUGCCAUUUAGAUGUCUGUCGCUAGGAUGUUUUGGGACAACUAAAUACAUGUAGGUAUAUUAUUUGCUA